UAUGUUUUAAGAUAAAUAUGGAAAAACUGUUAGUGAGUUCAAUUAGAAGUACAAUAUUGUAGCAAAUCCUUUCCAAUUAAGAUUUGAGGAGGGAUUGUUAAAUUACAAGUACAAUUCACUAUUGGGGUAAUUCUAAGAUUGCCUUUUACAAGAUGUAAUGAUAUUUUAAGAUUUAAAAAGAUUCGAGCAGCAAUAGUGACAGCAUAGAGAGGUUAUUUGUCAAGGAAAGUGUUGAAACAUUACUUCAAAGAGCUUCCAUAAUAAUUACGAGCAGAAUACUAUGGCUCAUUGUUAACAUUGUAUAAAGUAGUUGAAAUCCGAAAAUAUAGGAAUCGCUUCGACAGCAAUAAUAGAAUAUGUUCUAUUUCUCUGGUAUGGGCAGUGGGAUGAAGGUGGAAAAGGUUACUUGGCCAUUCGUUGAAGGUUUCGGGUUUUGCAUUUGGAUUCAAGUGGAGAAUAUAAAUUAUGAAUUGUUUAAUGAGUAGAACAUGGGAGUUCAAAAAAUAAUAAGUGUUCAUGGACAAGGAUAACAAGGUGGUGGUGGAUUAGAAUGUUUCAUUUUGAGAGGCAGUGUCUAUUAUAGGAUAAUACCUGCAAUAUAUUAGGAACCAGAUAAUGGGGCUAUUUUGAUAGGUCAAUUGAAGAAUGGAAUGAAUUUCAUAGGUAUAUCACAUGAAUGCCAAAAGAAAUUCACUUCUUCACAUUUAACUGUAAUAAUAUUGUUUUGAAUUUCAGUUAUACUUCAAUAAUGAACAAUCUAAAACUAUGACAUUAGAUUUUCCUCGUUUAAAUCAAACCAUAGCUUUGACUAGAUUUACUAUAUGUGAGAAUCUCUUUGGUACAGCUUAAUGCAUUAUCAUAAUGAAUUAAUCAUCUACAAAGUAUAUAAAUUAUAAAUAAUACAAAUUAGAAUAAAGACUAUUCAAUCAGUUUAUGGAUAAUUAUAGAUGGAUUUUAAGUAAUUAAAAACAUUGCCAGCUUGUUUGGAUAAAUAUUUUGAGAGAAUUAUGUCUAUUUAUAUUCCUGAAUUUACAGAUGGGAAUCAUGUAAUUGAUGUAAUGGGAAAUUGUAAUGCUACAUUAUUGACAAAAUCUGGAGGUGUUAUGGCAGAUAAAAAUAAGUUUCAUUUUUCUGGAGGUUUUAAAUUAUUUUAUGUAAUGUUACAUUUAAGUGGAACACUUUAUAAAUAAAUUAAUUAAGCAUAACUUAAUUUAUCUAUUAUGUUUGAAGUCAUUAAUCAUAUUCUUAAAAAUAAUCAUUAAUUAUAAGCAGAAGCAUUUAAUAGUUAAUUUUUUUUAACUGUUGCAUCAAUUAUUAUCAGUUUUGAAAGACCUUUGAUUAAUACAAAAUGUGUUGAAUUAAUGAGUGAGAUUAAAUCUAUUAUUGGAGAUAAUCGAUUAUUGGAUCAUUUUUUUAUUCAUAUUUUAUGGAAUCCAAAAUUACAUUAAUAAUGUAUAAGUGAUCAAGUGUUUUCUAAAUACUUAUAAUUAGCAUGUUAAGUUUAUUUACAAAAUCCAUAACAUUAUCAGCAUUUUAUAUCAUCUAAAGAUAUUUUAGAUAUGUUAGUAUUUGCAUACACUGAAAAUUAAUGUUGUGAUUAUCAUUUUAAUGAUUAUGAAGAAUCAUUUCAAAUGUAAUUUUUAGAAAAGAUCUUUUAUUUAUUUAAUUAAUAAUCUGAUAUAUCUGAACAUCUAAUAUUAUUUGAUUAAUAUUUACUAUCCAAAAUAUCUCCUUGUCUUCUAUUGUAAAUUUUUACCAUUUUAAAAGUACUUAUUAUAUUUCAUCUUUAGAGUUUAUUAGUUGACAAUGAAGAUUAGGGAAUCAAAACCAAUUUCAUACUCCAAACUUGGGAUUAAAAUAAUAUUGUAGAUUCAUUACUUUUCAUAUUCAAAUCAACACCAUAUUAUGAUAUUAGAGCAAUGAUCAUAUAUUUCCUUCAUCUUAUCUUCCAAUAAUAAUUCCCUAAUCAUAAACUUUAAACACAUUAAGCAAUUGAAUACAUUACAAAUUCUAUUGAACCAUUGAUUGAAUUAAGUCGUAGUUCUAUAGUCUAACCAAUUAAAAAAGAAUAACCUUAAUAACAAUAAUAAGGAGAUUUUGAUGAACUUAAAAAUCUUGGAACUCAAUUUCUUAACAAUGAUUAUGAAAGUGUACCUUAAGCUCCAUCUAUGACUAAUCGUCGUAAACCACCUUAAGGAUUCUUUGAUAAUUAAUAAAGACCUCCUCCUCGUGCUCAAUCUAUCCCUGCUCCUGAAACUGAGAAAUCCAAGUCUCCUUCAUUUUCUGUUGAUUAGAAAGGAAAAAAGAAAUUUCACAUUAAAAUUGAUACAGAUGCUAUUAAUGCACUCUAUAAUUUUGGAGGAGAAUAAGGAAAAAAAAAUGCAUUGUAUUUAUUAAAAAUUCUAAAUUAGUGAUCACGAAGCAUUUAAUAAGGAAUUAGCAGAAAUAAAUAGAUUGGCAAAGGCAUGUCAUAUGUAUAUGUAAGGACAUAGAGAACCUGAAGAACCAUAUGUAGAAUCUCCAAAAUAAUAAGAAUAAUUUAUAGAAUCUCCAAAAUAAUAAUAAUAAUAAUAAACAGUUGUUAGAUAACCUCCAAUGUCAACAAAAAAUAGUUAAGCACCAAAAUAAUAAUUUUAAUAAGAAUGUAUUAAUAUUAUAUUAUUACAAUUUAGUAACUCAAAUAAAAGAAGUUUCUUCUUCUUCCAUGUCAAUAUAGUAAGUUGAAUAGGUUUAAAAAAAAAAAAUUUAAUCAUUUGCUUCUGUUUACAAUUAACUUAUGAGUUGGAUGAUUGAUAAAUUAAAGAUUGGAGAGAAUGAAUCCAUAAUGAUAGAAGAGAGAGAUUAAAUUAAGAAUGAAGGAAUUAUUAAUGCAAUUAUGAAAAUUGUAGCUUUUUCUAUUGAAGAUAAUCUUAAAGCUUAAAUUUUAUAAGAUUUACUUUGUCUUUGUAAAUCACAUUAAGGAAAUUCUAUACUUAUUUUGGGAUAGGCAACAUUUCAAAAUGAAUUACUUAAAGUAUUAUCAUCAUAAGAGGAUCAAAACUUAGUAAGAUAUUAUAUUUAUUUAUUUAGAUAUAUGAAAUUGGGAGUCGAUUGCAUACUACACUUAUAGUAUAAGUAUUGAAAUCAGAAUUCAUUGGUGCUAAUUAUGUUUAUGAAUUAUUAAAAUGGGGUGUAGAAUGCAAUUAGAAAUUAGUAGAAAUACAAAUGAAUGUCAUAAUUGACUAACUAUAGUAUAUUAUAAAUAAUAAUAAUAGUGAUUUAUGUAAGACCUUUUAGACAGAUUCUUUAUUGUGGAAGAAUAUUAUUUAGACAGCAUUAUAUUUAAUAGAAUUGAAGUAACAUUAUCCUUAAUUGAUAAAGAAAUUUAAUAAAUUUUAUGAUUUAAUUCAUAAAGAUUACAUAAUUAAUGGCAAUACAGAAGGUAUUAUUUAUUAAUUAAUGAAUUUUAAGAAUAAAUUGACUAAAUAUAAAAAUGUUUCAACCAUCCUGAAUUAGCAUAAAAAGUCUAAACUUUCUUUAAUACCAAAAUUUAAAAUCAUUAAAUUUAUGAAAUCAUAAUUGAAAGUACUCAUUAAGACAAUCUAUAACAAUUACUUAAUACAUAUGCUAUUACAUUAGAGAUUUGUUAAUGUGAAAUUAGUUAUGGAUUAGCACAUAUCUUAUCUAAGUGUAGGAAUCAGUAGAAUUUUAAAGAAUUUAUUAAAUUUUUAUGUUACAUUAUUUUUGUUUCAAAAGAGAGGAAUUAACCAUCUUUAUUAAGGAAAUUCAUGAUAGAUUUAUACUAAGAGUUUGAGACUGUAUUAGAAACUCUAUUAGCUAAGUCAUUUCAAGAUGAUUCAAUAUUGGAUUAAUUGAUAGAUUAGAUCAGUAAUAGUAAUACUUUGAAGAAAGAGAUUUAAAUUAAAGUUAACAUUCCUUAGUAAUGGUCUAUGGAAUCAAUUGUUUCACCAUAGAAGGUAUUUAGAGAUGUAUAAUAAUUGGGUGAAAAUAGAUAUAUAGAGAUUGAAGAGAGAAAGUCUUAGUGGAUUUAUAAAGAAAGUGAGAAGGAACGAAUUGGAAGAAAUAAAUAUCAUAAAUCAUUGAAUUCUUUAUUCUUAAAUGAUGGUUGGCUCUCUUAAGGAUAAGGUUGUGUUUAAAGAAAUGAUUUGGUUUAGGAUAUAAUAUAAGAAGAAUUUGUUAAAAGUAAGUACUUUAACAUUAAAAUAUCUAAAAUGAUUACUAAAUCUUUUGCUAGACCUUAUAUAAAGAGUAUCCCUAUAAUUCCAGAUAUUUUAAGAAAUAAACCAGUUUAUCAGACUCCUUAAACUGCUCCAAUUAUUCUUGGUCAUGAAAUAGAUAAAUUUGAAUAACUUUAUGGAUAGAGAUAAUCUACUAAUUCUUAAGCUGUUUAAGCAGCUACUCAAUUAUUGAAUAUGGGUAAAGCUUUCGGUAACAAUAUCAAGAAUGCUGUAAAGACUAUAGCAAAUUAAAAGAUUUAAGCAAUAGAUAAUUUUAAAUAAUUUGGUGAGAAUACAUUUAAAGGAAAGAAGGUUCUUGUUAUAAAUGGAUUAUAUGUUUAUUAUGCAUUGAUGAGUUUAACUAAUACUCAUAUAUUAUUAUAAUAUGAAUUUUUGAGAAGUGAAGGAUCACAUGCAGCUUUAGGAGUAUUUGAAUUGAGAGAUGAUUAGAAAUUAAUUAAAAAGUAUUCUAUUUAUAAUUUGGUUUUGGUGAUAAAAAAGAAAUAUUUAUAAAAGAGAACUGCUUUGGAGAUAUUUUUCAUUGAUGGGUAAUUUAUAUUUUGAUUAUUUAAUAGGAAAUCAUUAUUUAUUAACAUUUGUGAUCAAAAUGAUUUGGAUGAAAUAUCUUCUAAAUUAUUGAAUUAUCGUAAAAGUCAUUAAGCUCCAUAUUUUAAUUAGAGUAAGACUACAGAUCCAGUAAAGUUAUUAGAGAAGUAAGGAUAUUUGUAGAAAUGGAAUAAGUAUAUAAUUUAUUAUAUAAAAAAAUAGAUAAUAAAUGAGUAAUUUUAAAUACUUGUUAUUAUUAAAUAAUUUGGCAUCAAGAAGUUAUAAUGAUUUAACUUAAUAUCCUGUAUUUCCUUGGGUUAUUUGUGAACCAAAAGAUGUAUAAAUAGAAUAGGAACCAAGUGUUAAAAUAUAUCCUGAAGGUUAAUUUAGAGCAAUGUAAAAGACCAUGGGUGCAUUAGGAAAUAAUUAAAGAAUCAAGAGUUAUAUAGAAAGAUUUGAAUAAUCUGAAUAAGGUGGUGAAAUUCCAGCUUUUCAUUAUGGAUCUCAUUAUUCAUCAUUAGCUAUUACUUCUUAAUUCCUUAUAAGAUUGGAACCAUUUACAACAAUAGCAAAAGAGAUUUAAGGAAAUAAAUUUGAUAUUCCUGAUCGUCUAUUUUAUUCUUUAGUUGAGAGUUUCCGAUGUGCAACAGAAGAUAUUGCAGAUGUAAGAGAAUUGAUUCCAGAGAUGUUUUGUUUACCUGAAAUGUUUCUUAAUUUGUAGAAUCUGUAAUUUGGUAAAACACAAAAUGGAAUAGUGGUUAAUAAUGUAUAAUUACCUAAAUGGGCUAAUAAUAAUCCAUGGAGAUUUGUGACAGGUUAAAGAUGUGCAUUAGAAAGUGAAGAAAUAUAAAGGAAUCUUCCUGAAUGGAUUGAUUUAAUAUUUGGAUUUAAAUAGAGAGGUAAAGAAGCAGAAAAAAAUUUAAAUAUUUACUUUUAUGUAACAUAUGAUUAAUAACUUACUUUAUAAAUGAUGGAAGAAAAUAGAUUAAGUAUAGAAGCUUAAGUUGUUAAUUUUGGAAUUACUCCAUUAUAAUUGUUCUUAAAACCACAUAUUGGUAGAUAAAUUAAUACAGAACAUCAUUUUGUUUCCAAUUCAUAAGAAUUAAAAGUUUAUAGACCAUAAAAUAAAAAGAAAGUACCUAAUACUAUGAAACCAAUUAUUGAUUUGUAAUAAGCUAGUAAUAGAGCUAUUGUCAAAAUUAAAUGGAUUUCAGAUGUAAGAUUGAUAUGUAUCAGAAAAGAAGGUAAAAUUGAUUAUCUUAAAUGGUCAAGUCAAACUGAUGUUCAAGCCAAUUAACCACCAUUCUAAUGUGGAUUAGAAAGAGAAAAAUAAUUUAAUUUUGAAAAACCUUAAACUGAACUAUUUAAUAUUUGGGAUGUAUCAGCAUAAUUAUCUUCUUACCCUUUAUUAGUAUUUAAUUAAGGAAAAUUAUUUAUAUGUGGAGGUUAUCAUCUAGGUAAAUUAAUUAUCAUAGGUGAUAAUAAUCAAAUUAUUGAUAUCUAUUAAAUACAUACUUCAACUAUUACAACAUUAGCUUCAGAUAAAAAAGAAUCAAUAAUUAUUUCUGGAGAUAAGAAUGGACAUGUUAUUUUAUGGAAUGUUGAUAAAUAAAAGGAUAUUUAUAAAUUACAUGCUAAAUGUAUGUAUUUUGAUCAUUAGAAUUAAGUAAUUUAUAUAAUUAAUUAUAAUUUAGAUUAAUUGUAUUUAUGUUUCUACUAGUAUGAAAUUAUUUGCUACUGGAUGCACAGGUGGUUACAUUUAUUUAUACAAUUUAUAUAAUGGAUAAUUGAUGAGAUCAUUCAUACAUCCAAAUAAAAAUCCUAUCAAUUCAAUUAUUAUGAGUAAUAGACCUCUAUUUUGUAUUGUAUUCUAUUCAGCAUAUGAUCAUCAACUCUAUAGUUAUUCUAUUAAUGGAUUUUUAUUGGAAGUCUAAUAAGAACAGAGUUCAUCUUUGAUUGAUUGUUAAAUUAUGAGAAAUAAUCUAUUCUCAGAUAUUAUGGUAAUAAAUAAUAUAUAUAUAUAUAUAGGUAUAUGGUACUGAAAAUGGUGAAUUGGUUAGAAGAUCUUUACCUUAUUUAUAAUAAUUAAAAAGAUUUUAAAUAUCAGCUAAAUCCCCUGUAUUAUCAAUAUCUUGCUCAAAGGAUAAGAAGUUUUUCAUUUGUGGAUGCAAUGAUGGUGAAAUUUCAGUAAUGGCAGAACCUCAAUAAAAUAAAUGA